AUGUCCGAAGAAACGACCAUAAACGAGCUCAGCCGCAAUGGCAAACUUCGGUCGUGCGAGCCAUGUCGCCGUUUGAAAGCGCGAUGCGAUCACCGGAUCCCUGUCUGCGGCCGCUGCAGAUCAAGAUGCAUUGCUCACAAGUGCUCGUACCGCUCGACACAGCCAUCAAUUGUGUUUCCAGCAGUGACUUCGUUGAUGGAUAUGGGUAGUCUCAGCGCCCUGCCGACGCCCAUCCUCGAUGGCAACAUCCAUCAGUACUAUGCAUUUGGUUCGCUGACCCCCCCGAUCCAUCCCAUACAUCGGGUAUCUGCUUCUCUUCCCACUCCUGUCCCCAGCUCAAUCGAUAUUCGGCUCCACCAAGUUCUCGCACGCCUACCGCACAUCAGGAUCAUCAGCCGGCUGGUCCGUCGAUGGCUGCAAGUCUGCCUGAGCUGUCCUGUACCCAGACCCUUCCUUCUGGACCUGUUAGUUGCUGUUGAAUCAGCCGCCCACCGGUGCAUUCCCGGUGAUGGCAAUGCCCCAGUUGCCGACGCGGACCUCAGCCAGCUAGCAGAAGACAUUCAGAACGCGAGCUCGCAGCCGCUAGUUGUGCCUCGCGGAUUGCAGCCUGCCGAGUUCUUUCAGGUGCUCACCGGGCGAAACCUGAGAGCUGAGUCGAUUGGCCUUGUUCUGAGCGUGGCCGGAAACGCGGCUCUUGGCCUGCUCGAGUCGGACGUCGUCUUCUCCUCUACGGGUAUGCAUCAAGACGUCCUCGACCGCAAGGCCUUUGCCGGGGAAAUGCUGAGUGCCAGUGAUGCGGCGAUUGCGUUCGCCAAGGAGCAAUGCCAUGAUCUGUACGAUGUGCUCCUUUGGCUGCGGUAUGAGAACUUUGUCCUAACGAGGAAUUGUUGCGGGUACGAAAGCUACCGUACCUGGACUCGCUCCGGCAGGUUGAUUAACGACUUAUUUGCCAUGGACAUUCACCGAGACCCGGAAAUGCCGCAAGCCUCGGAUACGCCAUGGUUUUUGCGCGAAAUUCAGACCAGGCUGUUCGCGUGCAUGUACGAAGCCGAUAAGUCAUUGUCCAGAGUCCUUGGGAAACUGCCACGGCUGCCCCGACAGUACUGCAACCGCAGACUGCCGCUCAAGAUCAGCGACGAGAACGUCUUAACAGCCGGCUUCACGCCGGACGAUGCGAUCGUCAAUAUGCCGCAUCUAGGCAGCUGCAUUCGCCAGGAAUCGUUUCCCUCCGACUGGCUUCGCAUACGCUAUUUGUUUGCGACACUUAGGGAGGUGGUCCUCAGCGUGAGGCUGGGAGCAUCGGGGCAAAGUAGCGAGUCGUUCAUCCGAGGCACAUCGUCACGCAUCCAAGCAGCGUGGGAAGCUCUUCCCACAUAUCUUUGCUACAACCCUGUCUGCACCCCAAAUCUGACAUUGUCCACACCCUACCAGUAUCUUGCCUGCCUACUCCUCUACCUUGAAUACCUCGACCUACAAUUCAGUACCCAGCAGGCCCUUUGCUACACAUCUGGAAAAGACGACGGAGGCGACACAAAGCUACUAAAAUUAGGCCUAACCUUGGUAACUACAACGGCCAAUGCGGCCCGCGUCUUCUGCAGGCGGUUUGGUGCAUCGACGGAUACGGCAUUGAUGCUCUGCUUCUAUGGCCUUCCCAGUGCUCUCAUUCUUGCCGAUGCUUUGGCCAACACUACAGAAGGCGGGCAGGACAUGCCUACCGUCAACAGAUCGGUUAUGUUGCCACUCUCGUGGCUCGAACUCCACCGCCAGCUCAGCGCACUAUCUGCCGAGCUAGAAGUCCUUGUAGAUUCCACAGACAGUAACUAUGCGCUGUACAGUAAGCAGAAGGAGACACUUUCAAGACAGCUUGACCGCGCACUGCAUGCAAGGCUCGAGGUGUCGCCUUCCAAGUCACCGCAAUCAGGGGAGACUUCGACCGCGCCACUGAGCGAUAUCGACAAAUUGAUCGCCGAAAUGGCAGAAGACGAAAGCGUUGCUGAUGUUUCAAUCGGUGAUCUGGAGUCGAGUGCGGGCCCUUCGACACAAGAUAUUUUUGAUGAUUGCCUGUGGAAUGUAUCGGAGUAG